AUGGAGGAAGGGGGGGUGGGGAGAAAGGAAGGAAAAUUCCCCUCGCCGCGUUUUGCCAGGCCUAGGCCGGCAUCUCCCUCUCCCAGCAACUUUAAAAUCCGUAAGAUCCCUUUCCCGCCCCACAGGGGGAUUCCCUCUCCCCUACAGGGUGUAGCCACGCACCCAACCCUACUAUGCCUUGCCCCCGCUACAGAGACGCCACCCAGCUGCUCCCCACUUCCUCUCCCCGCCACGCAAUCCUACAACCGGUGACCAAAUGCGCCCGCGCGUGCCAUGAUGCCCACGCCGCGGUUUCCAAUCCGCGCAACGUGGCCCAGGCAGCUCUGAAUCCCCCUAAACAACAACUCCUCUGCCCGUCCCCGCAAUUAGGUAGGGUCGGCCUCUUCCCACCUGCCCAAAGCGAUCGUUCCCUCGGAUCAAACCAUUGCGCCUACCGACCAACCUCUCCUGCGUAUAAUCCGCUUUGGCAAGAGGGUGAAAUUACCGGGUGAGCAAAAGAGGCGCGUCACGGCCGCUCUGCGUCCCGAGACCCUUCCCAAGUUGCCCCAAUAGGACCAGGCCUGGAACUUUUCACUUUUUAUUUGUUUUUAAACCAGGCAAUAUGAGAUCUACAACCCUACGCAGCAGCGUCUACGUCUGGAAGGAAGCCAAUGUGCGAAAGCGAAAGGUAAGGAUUACUAUCCUCCUCACCAACUGGAGCAACUUGAUACUAUGCACUUUGGUGUGUAUUUUUUUGCAAACCGCCCAGUGGUAUAGAAGUUUAAUAAAUAAUGACAACUUCCAGUCGACACGGGUUGUUGUGAGCAUGAAGGUGGCACGAGCCCUGCCCCUCUUUCUUAUCAAGUGAAAGCCCUUCUCCUGCCACCCUGGCUGCAAUAUCUCCCUCCCACUUACCUCUCACUUACCACUCACACGUUUAAAACGGCUGUUUUAAAGCCCGCACUUACUUGCCUCCCUAUUCCAGCCCCCCUAGCAUGGCUUCCCGUCUUCUGAUGAAUUAUCUCUCCCUCGACACGCAAGCGGAGCAAAGACCUCCCAGCCGCCGCGCUGAACACCGAGUGCCUCGCACCGGGUUCCCACGACCACUUGUCACGAGUCUCUCUGAACCCGCAACCAAGGGCGUGAGGUUGUUGGGGGGGCCGCUCCAUUUUUAUUUUAGCUUCGCCUUGUUCUGCCUUCCUCAGGGGAUACUCAUAAUAAACAACAACAGGCCUCUUAGCCCCUCGCCCACCCGGCCCCUUACCUUUCUGGUCAGCGCAUCGCCUCUCCUUCAGGGGCGCCGGGGAGGCGCAGCGAGGUGGCUCCCGGCUCGCUCCCUCUGCGCCAGCCGUGCCACGCCGGCCAUCCCACAGCUACCAGGCUCCUUUCAGCCCCGCCGUCUCCGGACUCCGCCGGCCAACCCACCGUCGCCUCACACUCUCCUCCUCCUUUCCCUCAGCUUAG